UUUUUCGAAAUGUCUGACAUCGCCAGCAGUGUCUGUCAGCACUGUUAUGCUCUGUGCUCACUUGACUAUUACCUGUACUAGAUAAGUCAAUGUAUUAUCUACGUUAUAUUUUAUAAUUUUGCAAAAUUAUCGAAUAUCGAAGCAGAACAGCUCAUCAACAUCAUGUCCGAGACUCCAGCACGCCCGAUGAAGUUUCCGUACACUCUCACUGCUAAGAUCGCGCAGUUCCCUUUGAAAUACUAUUUCCAGAAUCAGUGGAUCUGGCGUUAUUGGUUGGCUGGUGGAGUAGUCCUCUCCAUUCCUGUCUUUUACAAGAUCCAUAAACUUUCCAACUCUCCAGAGAAUGUAGCACUGUGGGCUGAAAAGCGAAGGAAGGAAGCUGAAGCACACCACUGAAUUGAUGUUUGAACCAAUAAUUGUUAUUAAUAAGUGUAAUAAAAUCAUGUAAUAGUUA